AGCACAUCAAGUGUGAAGAACGGAACGAGUCACUCGGUUGUGAAACAUCUAUCAAAAAUGUCUUAGCUAUCUAUAAUUUAUAUACUAUUUGAUUACUAAUUCUAAGUCAAACAAUGUUCAUGUCAGUCAGAGUACUUUUUUUGUAAAUAUUAGUUUUGUUUUUAAUUGAAUUGCCUAGUACAUUUCUAAUUUUAGGUUUAUUUUUGUAUGAGAAUGAUCAUGUAGAAUUUAUUAAGAAAUGUCUAGGAUUAAGGGAAUCGAAUUCGAAGCCGAUCGAAUAUUGCAGUCACAUCCCAAUGGAAGUAAUGGAACAAUCAAAAAGAAAACUAAAGAACAGACUACCAAAAAAGAUAAUGCUGAGAAGCGUCAAAUCGUUGAGCUAUUGCAUAAAUUACCAAGGCUGGAUGAAAUAUUCGAAGUACACCGCAAAAUAGGCGAGGGAACGUUUAGUUCUGUUUACUUGGGUUCCUUGCGGCAGCAUGCGGAGCUGCCAAGCUCGGAGAAGCGGUGGUUUGCGAUCAAGCACUUAGUGCCUACUGUCCACCCUGCCCGCAUCGAGCACGAGCUUAGGUGUUUGCAGGACAUGGGGGGCAAGGACCAUGUUAUUGGCGUUGAGCUUUGUCUGCGUCAUUUAGACACUAUAGUUUUUGUAAUGCCUUAUAUACCUCACAGAAAGUUCUCAGAAUAUGUAGGGGACAUGGAUGCCAAUGAACUGCGUCGGUACAUGCGGGCUCUCAUGAUAGCCUUGAGGAGAGUACAUUCUUUUGGUGUUAUACAUCGGGACGUGAAGCCUGGCAACUUUCUUUAUGAUAGAGAGAAUCAAAGAUAUCUCUUGGUGGAUUUUGGGCUCGCUCAGCGACUGUGUCCACUUCCCAUUGAAACGCGACAGGAGCCCGCGUCUUUGCUCGUACCGCCCCCCGCCCACACCAACAGCAACGGCAAGCGUAACAGAAGUGAGAGUGAUUCUCCACCGGGUGCUAAAAGGGUGGCGCUGGAUCUCACCGUCGCGGCGAAACCCAAGGUUACCACGGCCGCCGCUCCCGCACCUGCAUCUGCCGCGGAGAUUCAGAGCCCGAGGGCGACGCCGCGAAACGUGAGCGCGUACGCGUGCGCGUGCGCGGGCGCUGGCGGCGUGUGCGCGGCGUGCGAGGCGCGGCCGCCGCCGCGGGCCGCGCGCGCCGGCACGCAGGGCUUCCGGCCGCCCGAGGUGCUGCUCAAGUACCCGCACCAGACCACCGCCGUCGACAUGUGGGCCAGCGGCGUGGUGCUCGUGAGCGUGCUGUCGGCGCGGUACCCGUUCUUCCGCGCGAGCGACGACGUGUCCGCGCUGGCCGAGCUGGCCGACCUGCUGGGCACGCAGGCGCUGCAGCGCACGGCGGCGGCGCUGGGGCGGCGGCUCGUGACGUCGUCGGGCCGGCGCGGGCUGUGCCUGCGCAAGCUGUGCGCGUGGCUGCGCGGCGCGCCGCCGCCGCCCUGCACGCACUCGCGGCUGCCGCGCGCGCCCUGCCUCUGCCUCGAUGGCAAUUUCAAGCCGCAGGAGGUGCGCGCGGGCAGCGUGGCGGGGUUCCCGGACGCGGCGUUCGCGCUGGCGGCGCGGCUGCUGGAGCCCGACCCGCGCGCGCGGCUGUCGGCGGCGGAGGCGCUGCGGCACCCGUUCCUGGCGACGGGCGGCGAGCGCUGCUGACCGCCGCGCUCCCGGGGCCGCCCGGCCUCGGCUGUGAUUUACAAUCCUUUUUUGGGAUCCCUUUUAUAUAAUAUAUGAGUAGAGUUAUUUUUGAACAUGAAGGAAUGCAAGAGAUUUGUUGUGGUCGUCCUCGCACCAAUCCCUAGUUUAAUUGUUUAUGAUGAGGUUUAAGCGACGACCGUUGUUGUUAUAUUUUUAAUGCGUGUAAACGAAAAAAAAUCUGCUAGCUGCGACUGAACUUUUAGAGUAUGAUGAUAUAAUUUAUGGGAUAUCUUUUCACUUAGUAAAGAUGCAUUCACUGGUGGUCAAGGAAGACAACAACAUUAUAAUGUCGGAAGUUACCCACCACUGUCGAUUCGUGUGCUAGUUGGCCAAAUGUAUUCUACUUUGAUUAUCAUGUUGAUUGCAGACUGUACUUGUACAUGAAGAUUGAUAACAGAUAUCGAAUAAUUUUCAACUGUCAGAAACUAAUACUAUACUGUAUCUCCAUAUCUUAUUGUUAUAUUGAAACUGUAAUCUUAAACAAUAAUUAUUUUUCUUUUUACAAAAUCUGGGCAGCAGUUUUAAAUAUUAGCGUGAACACUGAACAUACGACACUAAGUUUUACAUAUUAACGUACCACAUGCUGACAACGCUGAUGUUAAUGUUCGGAUCUGUUGUGAACUAGUUGAUUAAAAAUACACUAUUAUUGACUUCAUGAAAUAUAAUCUAUCAUAAUGUGACUCAUUUAAGUGUUAGCCGAGUGUUUUUCGUUUACCCAUUCCCAAGUCCCGAGCCUUCCACUCUUGCAUUCUUUUCUCACAAAGUCAACUUGUUGCAAACGUUAUGUUUGAAUGCAACUAGGAUCUCAGAGUGAAUUUUAUGUUAAACAUGUUCAGUACAAAGUAGCUGUAAUUGUACUUCGGUGUGCUGGAGCCGGCCGCUCCCGAUGCAUUAUCCCAAUGAAUUUUUAUCUAUACACCGCGUCGACGCAGUCGGCUUCCAAUGCGGUUAACGUUUGUGAACAUACAAGUGCCUUGAUAUGUGUUCAUUAGGAUGAUUUUUUGUUACCUAGUUCUUAACAUGCGAAUAAACAAAGACAUGUUUGAACAUGA